ACACGGGAAAUAACAACUCACAUGGCUCUCUGUCUCUCUGUCUCUCUCUUUAUCUAUGGCAAAUCAAUUAUGACUUGUUAACGGCAGCGUACUUGUAGCCAUCCUCCGUGAAGGCAAACAACAAAAAACAGUUGUUUUCACAAACAGAAUCGCCAACAUAUCAGCUGUUUCUCAACAGUUCCACAUUCCGGCGCACACUCGGGGAAAAUGAAGGCGAAAAACCGUGACCAAAGCUUGUCGGACUCCAGAGAGCUGGACGGAUCCUAUGACCAGCUAACGGGUAAUCCUUCCACCAGCCAAAGCAAAAAAACCAUAAAGCAGCGAUUCCUCAAGCUGCUGCCAUGCUGCAAACCCACGGCUGCCCCCUCAAUCAGUCAAAGCAACGAGGAAGAUGACUUUGAAUUAUCGACUGUGUGUCAUCGCCCUGAAAGCAUGGACAAGUUGCAGGAGCAGACUAAGUUCACCAAGAAGGAACUGCAAGUCCUCUACAGGGGCUUCAAAAAUGAGUGUCCAAGCGGUGUGGUGAAUGAGGAGAACUUUAAGACCAUUUACUCCCAAUUCUUUCCACAGGGAGAUUCAAGUAUGUAUGCACAUUUCCUGUUUGAAGCCUUCGACACUAACAAGAAUGGUUCAGUUAGUUUUGAGGACUUUGUAUUUGGCUUGUCUAUCAUCCUGAGAGGGACCAUUAAUGACCGGUUAAACUGGGCGUUCAACCUCUAUGACCUGAACAAAGAUGGCUGCAUCACCAAAGACGAGAUGUUGGACAUCAUGAAGUCCAUCUAUGACAUGAUGGGGAAGUACACAUACCCCACUAUGCAGGAGGAUGUUCCAAGAGAACAUGUGGAGAGCUUCUUCCAGAAAAUGGACAGGAAUAAAGACGGGGUGGUCACCAUAGAAGAGUUCAUCGAGUCAUGCAAAAAGGAUGAGAACAUCAUGCAGUCCAUGCAGCUGUUUGACAACGUCAUCUAAGAAUCUGGACCAGAGAGUAUGCUGGCACCAGGGAGGGGAGUGUGUGUGUAAGAGGAUUCAGGGUUGCAGAGCUUGAAAGAGUUAGUGAAUGUGUGUGUGUAUGUGUGGCCGUCUUCUGACUUGCAAGCUUGUGCUUGUGUGUCUGUCGAGAGCUGUGAGUUGAGGGCCCCGAGAGGCCCUCUCCCUCCUCCUGGACCCCCAGUGACAUUUCUCCAUGCAACAAUGGAGCUUCCCCGACUCCCUUCCUCAUCAUGCAGAACCUUAGUUUUACCCCUGAGGCACAGAGAAAGAAGGCAAGCAGCGGGCCCACAGGCACUGGCACACGCAAGAACCCCACCUGUUUUUAUUUGAACUUUUAUUUAUUACUUUUUUCUGAUGGAGGAACUAUCGCAGCCUGUAACGGCUCAACUCAGAGGGAGGGUUUCCCCCCAAACCUUGGUCUAAGAUCCUUUUCCCUGUGAUGGCUGAGAUUUGGAUUUGUGAAUCUGAUCCCGCCUCUGUGCAUGUGGAUAAACACCUCCCUGGAGCCACUAGGCUGCUCGCACACUGGCCAUAAAAAUAGAAAUGAAUCUACCGCCAUCUUGUGGACGAGGAAGAGAAAGACACUUCCUGAGGAAACGGCUGAUGAAUUGGAGAUCGAGGAGAUCCAGUUUUACAGAUGGAGGUUCAAAACGUGUUGAUUUCCAUGGGGAACUGAUUACAAUAUCGCAUGAUGAUGUCACUAAUAUCCAAUUAUGUAUUUACAGAGAUACUCCAAAGUCUGCUUGUCUGUCUGCUGUUCCUAGUCAUUCACAGGUGCCUCACCCUUUGUGUAUGUGUGUGUGCAUGUGUAACAGAAAGAGAUGUCAUCCAUCUUACCUAUGUAAGACUCUAAUGGGACAACACCCACCUCCAUUCAUGGGAUAUGGUAAAAUAAUUACGAGCCUUCCAAACUAUUACAGUCUUAGCUGUAGGUGUCUAUUGACUGUUGUACAUUUUCUAGCAUUCCCAAUGGUGUGAUAUUAGACAGUACAACGUGGGGAUGGCACUAUAGUUGGUGAGCUGUUUUUACAACCCCAGCUUGUCUUAACACAAGACUGGCAUACCACAGUCGUACUCGUCUAUCAGUAUACAUUCAAGGGGAAUUUAUUAGAUUGCAGAUUGUAUUGUGAUUUUCUUGUAUUCGGAAAUGUCAUGUGGCUGUAGCAGGUUCUACCACUUCAAAAAAAAAAAAAAAAAUUCAAAACCCUUGUUGCAUUCAAUUAGGCUCAUUCAAUUUCAAAGAUAGUAUGUGUGUUAGUGAGAGAGACAUGGUUUAAUUACAUUUUUUAUGCCCCCCUCUCCCCUCAUUCUGUAUUCUCCCUCUCUGUAACACCAAAGAGAAGAUAUAAAUUAAAGCAUUACAUACAGCCACUCUAAGUUAAGACAUAUAGCCCAUCUGUGGGUGAAGAGAGAGGGAGAUGCUCUGUAGUAAGAAGGGCAAGGGGCAAUCAGAGAUAAUAGGAGGCACAGUGGGGAUGUGGGUAACCUGCACAUUGUCCAAACAGGAGUGGAGUUUUAGGUUGUAAUCCCACGUUAACAGAAAGACAUUUGAACUUAUUGAUAAACUUUCAAACUAGAACUACUAUCAAAUCUAGGAUGGUGUGGGCACUCAAGCUGUAAUUAAAUAGGCUAUAGUGUCUUUUAAAUGCAGAGGGAUUGACAUGGAAUAGCAAUAAUGUUCUCUACCACGUAUCAGCACCUUUCCACUCAUCAAACCUCUCAGCACUGUCUAAGGGUGCACUAAUGCCCUGGUGAAAAUAUGCACUUCCAAAAUUAUUUUUUUCCAUUUUUUUUUUUUUUUACGUUAUUAUUUUUUCUUGGGGAAAAAGUGCUUUGGCUCUGAUUGUUCCUUGCCAAUAGUUUUUAACUUCCAUUCCUGACCACAAGUAAAACCUGUCUAUACCCGCAUGUACUGUGUCUAGAACAAUGAAAACCUACUAACCCGUUGUACUGACUGUCUAGUUAGCUAGCCUCAACUGGUUGCAUUACGUAUUCAAAAUGUGUAUAUUUUGUACAGAGACAAUAAAAAUCACAGUUACUAUGCAAAA